GGUGGGGGCAGGUCCCGCCCGCCGGGAGGAAGUAGCCGGGCGGUCGCGGGGGCUCCGGGGCCACCGCCGCGAGUCCGCAGUUGCUCGGGCCAUGGAGGCGGAGCCGCCGCUCUACCCGAUGGCGGGGGCCGCGGGACCGCAGGGCGACGAGGAUCGGCUCGGGGUCCCGGACGGGCCCGAGGCCCCGCUGGACGAGCUGGUGGGCGCGUACCCCAACUACAAUGAGGAGGAGGAGGAGCGCCGCUAUUACCGCCGCAAGCGCCUGGGCGUGCUCAAGAACGUGCUGGCGGCCAGCGCCGGGGGCAUGCUCACCUACGGCGUCUACCUGGGCCUCCUGCAGAUGCAGCUGAUCCUGCACUACGACGAGACCUACCGCGAGGUGAAAUAUGGCAACAUGGGACUGCCUGACAUCGACAGCAAGAUGCUGAUGGGCAUCAACGUGACGCCCAUCGCCGCCCUGCUCUACACACCAGUGCUCAUCAGGUUUUUCGGAACCAAGUGGAUGAUGUUCCUGGCCGUGGGCAUCUACGCCCUCUUUGUCUCCACCAACUACUGGGAGCGCUACUACACGCUUGUGCCCUCGGCUGUGGCCCUGGGCAUGGCCAUCGUGCCUCUUUGGGCUUCCAUGGGCAACUACAUCACCAGGAUGGCACAGAAGUACCAUGAGUACUCCCACUACAAGGAGCAGGAUGGGCAGGGGCUGAAGCAGCGGCCUCCACGGGGCUCCCAUGCGCCCUAUCUCCUGGUCUUCCAAGCCAUCUUCUACGGCUUCUUCCAUCUGAGCUUCGCCUGCGCCCAGCUGCCCAUGAUUUACUUCCUGAACCACUACCUGUAUGACCUGAACCACACGCUGUACAACGUGCAGAGCUGCGGCACCAACAGCCACGGGAUCCUCAGCGGCUUCAACAAGACGGUUCUGCGGACGCUCCCGCGGAGCGGAAACCUCAUUGUGGUGGAGAGCGUGCUCAUGGCAGUGGCCUUCCUGGCCAUGCUGCUGGUGCUGGGUUUGUGCGGAGCCGCUUACCGGCCCACAGAGGAGAUCGAUCUUCGCAGCGUGGGCUGGGGCAACAUCUUCCAGCUGCCCUUCAAGCACGUGCGUGACUACCGCCUGCGCCAUCUCGUACCUUUCUUUAUAUACAGCGGCUUCGAGGUGCUCUUUGCCUGCACUGGUAUCGCCUUGGGCUAUGGCGUGUGCUCGGUGGGGCUGGAGCGGCUGGCUUACUUCCUCGUGGCUUACAGCCUGGGUGCCUCAGCUGCCUCACUCCUGGGCCUGCUGGGGCUGUGGCUGCCACGCCCGGUGCCCCUGGUGGCUGGAGCAGGGGUGCACCUGCUGCUCACCUUCGUCCUUUUUUUCUGGGCUCCUGUGCCUCGGGUCCUGCAACACAGCUGGAUCCUCUAUGUGGCAGCUGCCCUUUGGGGUGUGGGCAGUGCCCUGAACAAGACUGGACUCAGCACACUCCUGGGAAUCUUGUACGAAGACAAGGAGAGACAGGACUUUAUCUUCACCAUCUACCACUGGUGGCAGGCUGUGGCCAUCUUCACCGUGUACCUGGGCUCGAGCCUGCCCAUGAAGGCUAAGCUGGCGGUGCUGCUGGUGACGCUGGUGGCCGCCGCGGUCUCCUACCUGCGGAUGGAGCAGAAGCUGCGGCGGGGCGUGGCCCCACGCCAGCCCCGCAUCCCGCGGCCCCAGCACAAGGUGCGCGGUUACCGCUACUUGGAGGAGGACAACUCGGACGAGAGCGACGCGGAGGGCGAGCAUGGGGACGACGCGGAGGAGGAGGCGCCGCCCGCGGGGCCCAGGCCCGGCCCCGAGCCCGCGGGACUUGGCCGCCGGCCCUGCCCCUAUGAACAGGCGCAGGGGGGCGACGGGCCCGAGGAGCAGUGAGGGGUCGCCUGGUCCCGUGACUCAGCCUCCCUGCUCGCCGGCCUCAGUUUACCACGUCUCAGGUCGGGGAGACCCCCUCCGAAUCCCGAGCUGUCUUCAAAGGCCCCUGUCUCUCCUCCCCCACAUUGGGGACGCCCCUCCCAGAGCCCGGGUCACCUCCGGGCUUCAGCAGCCCCCUCCAAGGCGGGGUGGAGCCUUGGGAACCCCUCAACCAAGAACAGGGGUUCGAAAACACAGCUGAAAUCCCGCGGUCCCCUAGCACGCGCCCCAGCCCCGACGCAGGGUCGGGGUCUUCUUGCGACCCGGCCCCGCUCCAGAUCCCCCCAGCUCUUGGCCGCCUGCUCAGACCGCGUGUGAGCGCGCUUUGUAUCUCCUAUCCCUAGGGUCCGCCGAGAGCCACGAUUUUUUACAGAAAAUGAGCCAUAAAGAGAUUUUGUACUGUCCUGA